GGCAGACGGUGGAUCUUUCAAAGACAGCCCCAACUUCACAACUUCACAACCCGACAACCACGAAACGACCCUUUGUUCACUUUCAAUCAUCACAAGGCACCGUGACAAGGACAGAUACAACAACAGCUAAUCAACCAAUCAAUCAAUCAAUCAACUCCUACUAGUACUACUAAUAAGAGCAAGCAUGGGAGGCAAGAAAGGAGGAGGCGGUGGUGGCGCCAACGUCAACUCCAAGAGUGCUGUAGGGCGAGCCAAAAAGGCCGAGAAUGAAGCCGUCAAGAAAGCCGCCGAACGCGAAAAGCAAGCAGCCGCCGAAGCCGAGGAUUGGCAAAAGGGUGCCAAUGUCAAGAAGCAAAGCCGCAGCGAAGAAGCUGCGUUAAAGGCAGACGAGGCGGCUCGAAAGCGACGUGAAAAGCAAGAACUAUUGGAAGCCGAAGAAGCCGACAUGGGAGCUCGUCGCGCCAGUGCCAUUAAAAAGCCAGGACCGACAGCGGGGUCCAAAAAGAAGAACAAGAAAAAGGACGAUCUGUCCUUGCUAGAAGAUGCGCUCGUCAGUUCCGCCGAUAAGAAAGUGAAAAAGAAACGAGAAGAAACGCUCAAGAAACAACAAGAACAAAAGGAACAGCAAGAAAAGGCUGCCGCCAAACGACAAGGAGAAAGUGCAUCGGCGGACGAUCCAUUAAUGGCCAAUACAGCCGCCAUGAUUGGUAGUACUGCCGAUGCCGAAGAAGUCGGUCGACAAGCCAACAAGGCACGCAUGGAGGCGGAUGGAGCCAGUGGUCUGGAUGGGGCAUUGCAAUCCUUGGAUAUCAAGAUACCCACGGAUGCCAAAUCGGCCAAAGCGCUCUAUUUGGAAUUCGAGGCACGGAUGCUGCCGGAAAUGAAAGAAGAUUAUCCGGGUCUGAGACUGUCGCAAUACAAGGAAAAAAUAUUCCAAUUAUGGAAGAAGAGUCCAGAGAACCCUGCCAAUAUGCAACCGUUAUCGUAACAGCGUCAUGCAAACGACAACUCGCUCUAAUUCAUUCAGUGCUUUGGGUACGGUCCGUGUGAGGGCGACAGUAAUCUGAAAAAGGUCUCGCUUGACGCCCUGAAUUGUUGACCCCCGGGAUGACUAAUAUGUUACGACCCAGGAACGCCACAACAUGCAGAAUGGCUGAAGUGAAGAUAAACUAAGAGCAGAAUUCCAACCCCCUUUUGGUCGUGAAGGGAUGAUUGAUGAGUCAUUCCAAUGCGCACCGUUCUCGUUGCUAAUUAAUACCACCUUAGCGCCCAAACAUUCGAGAGCCUCCACAGCCCCCAAGCCAGACGAUGGACGGCCUUGGCAGUUGUGUGUUUUGUUGUUUGUUUCCAUUCCUACGGUGCCGGGGUGCUCUUCAUCUAAACCGUACUAGUACCUCUGAUUUCGUCUCUAGUUUACGUUCUUGACGUUCAAUUCUGUGCGAGGCCGCGUGUCCCCAGUCAGCGGGGGCUGGAUCUACGUACUGUCUCAGCUUUCCCAUUUGCUAUCAUAGCAUCGUUUGGCGACUCGACUCUGAGGUUGCCUUACUAUUGCCUAACUAAUCACGAGCACAACACGAACUAACAAAAAGCUACCGGGAAA